AUGACGCUCAAAGCGAGCGAGGGCGAGGGUGGGGGCAGCAUGCGGACGGCACUCUCCGACCUCUACCUAGAGCACUUGCUGCAGAAGCGCAGCCGGCCAGAGGCUGUGUCACAUCAGUUGAAUGCUGUGACUGAAGACAUGUACACCAAUGGGUCUGCUGCCCCAGGUAGCCCUGACCAGGCUAAGGGACAGGAGGUGCGGAAAGUGCGACUUAUACAGUUCGAGAAGGUCACAGAGGAGCCCAUGGGAAUCACUCUGAAGCUGAAUGAAAAGCAGUCCUGUACUGUAGCCAGAAUUCUUCAUGGUGGCAUGAUUCAUAGACAAGGUUCCCUUCAUGUGGGGGAUGAGAUCCUGGAAAUCAAUGGCACAAAUGUGACUAAUCACUCAGUAGAUCAGCUGCAGAAGGCAAUGAAAGAAACCAAAGGAAUUAUCUCAUUAAAAGUAAUUCCUAACCAACAAAGUCGUCUUCCUGCACUACAGAUGUUCAUGAGAGCACAGUUUGACUAUGAUCCUAAAAAAGACAAUCUGAUUCCCUGCAAGGAGGCAGGCCUGAAGUUUGUCACUGGGGACAUUAUCCAGAUCAUCAACAAGGAUGAUAGCAACUGGUGGCAGGGGCGGGUGGAAGGCUCUUCCAAGGAGUCAGCAGGAUUGAUCCCUUCCCCUGAGCUGCAAGAAUGGCGAGUGGCAAGUGUGGCACAGUGUGCCCCAAGUGAAGCCCCAAGCUGCAGUCCCUUUGGGAAGAAGAAGAAGUACAAAGACAAGUACCUGGCGAAGCACAGCUCAAUUUUUGACCAGUUGGAUGUUGUCUCCUACGAGGAAGUUGUUCGGCUUCCUGCAUUCAAGAGGAAGACCCUGGUGCUGAUUGGAGCCAGCGGGGUGGGUCGCAGCCACAUUAAGAAUGCACUGCUCAGCCAGAAUCCAGAGAAGUUUGUCUACCCUGCCCCGUAUACAACACGGCCGCCAAGGAAGAGCGAGGAAGAUGGGAAGGAGUACCACUUCAUCUCAACGGAGGAGAUGACUAGGAACAUCUCUGCCAACGAGUUCUUGGAGUUCGGCAGUUACCAGGGCAACAUGUUUGGCACAAAAUUUGAAACAGUGCACCAGAUUCAUAAGCAGGACAAGAUUGCCAUCCUUGACAUUGAGCCCCAAACCUUGAAGAUUGUUCGGACAGCAGAACUUUCACCUUUCAUUGUGUUCAUUGCACCAACUGACCAGGGCACUCAGACAGAAGCCCUGCAGCAGCUGCAGAAGGACUCCGAGGCCAUCCGCAGCCAGUAUGCUCACUACUUUGACCUCUCGCUGGUCAAUAACAGCGUUGAUGAAACCCUUAAGAAGUUGCAAGAAGCAUUUGACCAAGCAUGCAGGUCUCCACAGUGGGUCCCUGUCUCCUGGGUUUACUAA